CCAGCCAGCCAGCCAUGCGUGUGUGCGUAUGUGAGUGUGUGUGUGUGGAUCCGCAGCAACACACACACACCUAACACUGGUUCGCAACAUGGCGUUGGAGCGCCGACAGACACGACGGCUCUCCCCGGACUGAGGCGGCCGCGCUGUUAGGACAGAGACACUCCGUUUACUCCGUUUUACGCACCGCGGACCCCAGCGCGCCCAGAGCCGCUGUAACAGCCCGCAGCUCCCGCACAGACCGCGCUCAGACCCCGCUGGUGGAACCCCAACGCUGUACAUGGCGGUGGAGACUACAAUCUGGCUGCUCUGUUUUCUUUCGCUCUUUUGCGCUCCAUCAAAGCAAGAAAAGCCCGUUUCAGUGGAGCUGAGCUGCGGUGCUGGGCCCAGUCAUGUAGUGUUGGAGCCGGGCUCGCCCCUCCUGCUGGAGUGCAACCUGGGGGCCAGCGACACACCUUUCAAUGUCACCUGGUUCAAGGAUGGCCGGCUGCUGCCUCUGGAGGGAAAUGACUAUCUGCAGUACCUGGCUAACCGCUCCCUCCUCCUGCGGCCCACCUCCCCGGACAGCCGGCCCCCCCAGCACGUGGAAGGGAGCUACAGCUGCGUGAGCGCCAGCGCGCUCGGAGCCCUGACCAGCCGGACGGUGAACGUGCUUCUAGCAAGUCUGUCUGGGUUCCAUCACGGGCCUUCAGCACAAACGGUGCCCGCUGGGGGAGCUGCGCGCUUUGAAUGUCAGAUCGAGGGAGUCCCCACGCCGGUUAUAACCUGGGAAAAGGACAAAGUGGCUCUUCACGAAGGGACAAGGUUCAUUUCUCUUCCUAACGGGGUGCUCCAGAUUCUGGCGGUGACCGAAGAGGAUGAAGGCUUAUACCGUUGUGUCGCGAUCAAUUCUGCCGGGAAGGACAUCAGUGAUGACGCCAGGCUCACUGUCACUGCAGGCUCUAAUGAUGCCUUGAACCCUGUUAUGAUUGUUGCACCGCCUCAGAAUGUCACGGUCAUGCUUGGCCAUCCCGCUGUGAUGGAGUGUAUGGCCCAAGGCCAGCCCAAACCGCUGGUGUCCUGGAGCAGACAAGACGGAAAGCCCAUUUCCACCAACGUGGUUGUUCUUGCAACAAACCUGGUGAUCAGGGACACGAGGCGACAUCAUGCCGGUGUCUAUGUCUGUCGAGCCAACAAACCCAGGACCAGAGAGUUCGUCAUUGCUGCCGCUGAGCUGCAAGUUCAGGCUUCCCCAGUGAUCCUCCGACCCCCGGAGACGGUGUCACUCUCCCGUGGAACCACAGCCAGGUUUCUGUGCAACAGCUCGGGCGAGCCUUCCCCGGUGCUGCACUGGCUGAAGAACGGCAUUCCUGUCAAGACAUUCAGGCGGGUAAAGACUCAGAGUCCCGGGGUGCUGCUCAUCAGCCAGCUGGCCCUGGAGGACGCCGGCUACUACCAGUGCAUCGCCGACAACGGGCUGGGCACGGCCUGCGCCACCGCCAAGCUGACAGUCAUCGUGAGGGAAGGCGUGCCCAGCGCUCCGCGAAACCUUUCCGCCGUCCCCUUCUCCAGCACGACCGCUCAGCUCACGUGGGAGAAACCGGAAUACAACUCGGACCAAGUCAUCGGCUACGCUGUGUUCGUCGAGCGUGCCGCAGGCUCUACUAUUGUGGACGACCAGUUCGUAAUCAACAAUGACACCACGGAGUAUCUGGCGAAGGAACUUUUUCCCCACACUGCCUACACAUUCCACAUCGUGGCGUACUCUCCCACGGGUGCCAGCAGCCCGUCCCGGCGGGUAACCGUAGAGAUGCUGGAGGACGUGCCAAGUGCUCCACCUCAGCUGUCUAUAGCCAGCACGUCCCCCACUGACAUCAGGCUGAUGUGGCAUCCGUUGUCGUCGCAGGACAGCCGGGGAGCCGUCACCCGCUACCGCAUCGAUUACAGCAGGCUGGAUCAGGACUCUAUGUUCUCGGUGGAAGUGGGAGGCAACGAGACUCAGUUCACCCUGAGAGAGCUGCAGCCCAGCCAGGUCUACCGCCUGAGGAUUGUAGCUGGGACCGGUGUUGGCUUCGGUGUUCCCUCCGAGUGGGCCCAGCACAAAACAUUAGCCCACUACAAUCACAGUGACCACAGCAUGGUGAUCUUUGCUCCCGCUGAGCUGAAAGUCAGAGCCAGAGUGAGCACGCUCAAUGUGACAUGGCAUCCCUCGCCCAAUCAUACGCUGCUGUCCGGUUACAAGCUGUCCUAUCGAGAGACGGAGCACGACGUGCCCCCCGCCAGAGAGAGGGCGACACACACCAUCAGGCUCCGCAAGCGGGCCAGGUAUCACCUGCUCACUGGGCUGGUUCCUGACCGGCAGUACGAGGUGCGGGUCUGGGCUUUUAACAAGCAGGCGGACGGAGCGGCUGCCGUGUGGAAGGGAAGAACGGAAAGGUCCCAUGACGAAACGUUUCUGCCCCCCAUGCACCCCCCUCCGCUCCCCCCGGGCAGCAUCCAGGCCACGGCCAACAGCUCCACGUCCAUCUGGCUCCGCUGGGAGAAGCCGCGCUUCACCAACGUACGCAUCAUCAACUACACGGUGCGCUGCAGCCCGGCGGGAGCCACCAACGCGUCUCUGGUCACCUACCACACGAGCUCCGCCCAGGACGUCCUGCUCAGGGGACUGAAGCCUUUCACCCGCUACGAUCUGGCCGUGCAGUCUAACGGGGUGGACGUGGUGGGACCCUUCAGCGGCACGGUGGAGGAGUCCACCCUGUCGGACCGGCCCUCCUCCCCUCCGGAGGAGCUGCGGCUGAGCCUGCUCAACUCCACCUCCGUGCUGGUGAACUGGCGCCCCCCGCUGGAGCCAAACGGCAUCGUCGUCAGCUACAAGGUUUUGUACAGCUGCAACCUCAGCGAGCCUGAGCAUCUGUGGAAAAACCUUUCUCAGAAAGGAGGCAUCACCAGUCUGGAGGUGCACGGCCUGUCUGGGGGCACCCGGUAUUUUUUUAAGUGUGGGGCUUUUACUGUUGUGGGGCCAGGGCCGUACUCACCGAUAAAGGAUGUCCAGACCCCUUCUCCCAAAUAUGAGCUGGACAUCCAUUCCCUCACAGGCAUCAUAGUCGGCGUGUGUUUGGGACUGAUAUGCAUCCUCCUCUGCAUGUUUUUCAGCUUUAACAAGAGCAAAUCCAGGGAUCUAUCUGGAGGUCUGAACUCCAGAGCGGUGACACCUCAGUACCGGCGGGUCGGCUUCCCCGUCCCAGCCACCGUGCCAGACUGCAGCGACAGCCACGAGCUGGAGACAUUGAUGCCCUCCGGCUGCCAGGAGUCUGGUCAGCUGCCAGCAGAAGCCCCGGAGGAGCAAAGUCUGAUGGCUGCCUGGAACGGCUCCGUGAGUCACAACUGGGUCAACAGAAUCACGAGAUACAGAGAUACGAUAACAGAAGACUCUCCAACGUUGAUUAAUGGAGCGUUCAGCGUUCUUAUUACUGCUACUGGCACCGAAUUAGACGACCAUCUGUGUACAUCUCUGUGCAGCAACCAGGUGGAGGCGGAGGUCAUUGUUCACUCUGAGCUGUCAGAGCCCGGCAGGGAGAAGGAGGAGAAGGAGGAGGAGGAGGAGGAGGAGGAGGAGGAGGAGGAGGGCAGCGAGAGGGACUCCAACGCCACCAGGGGACCCUCAUUAUCAGAGGACGUAUAUUCCCCUUUGAGUCGGCCGAGUUCGCCGGCAGCGGAGGAACCCCUGGAAAAACUUUCAUUGGCUGAAAGUCCCUCAGGUACUCCCUCGAAAACAGUGGUGGUUAAUCACAACGGGGAGAUGGAAGGCACAGGACAGCAGACAGCUGCCAACGCGGCGCCGCAGCAGGACACGGGGUUAACGAAUGGCUUCCACUCUCCCAAACCGGGGAGGUCCGCGCCGAGUGCAGAGCGCGAGGAAAACGAGGACUCCAGACACUGCCCGUCUGCACCAGGGAAAGCUGGACUAUCCCCUGCCCCCUUCGUCAGCUCCGGCUUUGUCCAUUCUACCUCAACAGCACACACAUAUCUGUGCCCAUAGCCUCUGUCUGCAUGUACACGGACACUUCAGACUGAUUUGAUCUCAUAAACCCCAGAAGAAUCCCUGAGGAUUAUUUUUAUGCACCUCAUCAUCGGAUUUCUUUCUCUUUUCUUGCAAAGUUUUAUAGGUACUUUGAAUCCAUUGUUUAAUACAGUAUGUGUGCAUUUAUGGUAUACAUAUAUAGUCUAUUUUUAGAGGGAGAGAAUUGUUUAUUCGUUUCUCAGUCAUUGCAACUGUACUUUCCUCUCAGUACCUUUCCUGUUCACGGGGAAGAAAAGGGAAGAUUUAAGAUAACCAAGCAGAUGGAAGUAGAUUGGAAAGAAAAGGCUAUUCCCACUGUGUCACGCGUGGCCUGGUUCCACUCAGGAGUGAGAAAAGGCCAGGAGGAGGAGAGGUGGA